UACUAUUUUUUUUUCAAUUAUAUCAACACAUUAUAUUGAUUCAAAAUAUGGUUAAUAAUAAUAUAUUUAUUUAUACUUUGAAAUUAAAAACAGCAAGAAAUAUAAAGAAGAUUUUAAGAUAAAUUUUGUUGAAGAUAAAAAUGAGAAACUGAAAUUAUGAGCGGAGGAAUAGUGCCUAGUAAAUCUACAGUGUAUAUAUCAAAUUUACCAUUUUCAUUAACAAAUAAUGAUAUACAUCAACUUUUACAGAGUUAUGGAAAGAUAGUGAAAGUAACUGUAAUGAAAGAUAAAAUAACAAGACGUAGUCGUGGGGUUGCAUUUGUAUUAUUUUUAAAACCAGAAGAUGCUUCUUCAUGUGCAAAAGGUCUUAAUAAUACACAGGUAGGUGGUCGUACCGUAAGAAGUUCUAUAGCAGUUGAUAAUGGACGCAGUACAGAAUUUAUACGGCGUAGAGAUUAUCCAGAUAAGUCACAGUGCUAUGAAUGCGGAGAGGAAGGACAUUUAUCUUAUGCAUGUAGUCAUAAUAUGUUAGGGCCAAGGGAUCCACCGCCAAAGAAAGUUAGAAUCAGAAAGAAAAAUAAAACUACAGUUACUCAUGAUACUAGCUAUUAUGAUAGUGAUAGCGAUGAAGGUUUAAGAAAGUCCAAAAGACCAAAGAAUGUUGAUAAUGAUGAUACCGAUGAUAACUGUUCGGAAAUUGAAAUGGAAACAUUAAGUGCGGCUAUCAAACAGGAGCAACAUCUUAGAGAACUAGAAAAAUAUAAGCAUAAGGUAGCAACAGGUCAAUAUGACGAGGAACUUACUGAAUCGGUUGUAAGACGGAAACGGUAUAAAGAGAAUUCAUAUUUCAGCGAUGAAGAGGAUAUUAGUGAGUAAAAAUAUAAGAGACUGUAUUUCAUUAUUUUAAUAUCUAAUGUAAAAUAAGUUUUUUAAAUAAUAAGAAAUGUCCCUUGAAAACAGUAAAAUGAAAAUAAGGAAUAAUGAUCACAGUGGAUUUACCAAGCACAUUUAAAAUAUUUGGUAUAUUAUCGAAUUAUAUAUAUAUAUAUGUAUGCGUAUAUAUAUAUAU